AUGACUGUUAAAUCUGUUCUAAUUAGACGUGGUGUAAGUGGGAUCGAUGAUCCUUUUUGCCCGCUAUGUUGUUUGAAGCCCGAGUCUGUUUGUCAUUUGUUCUUCUCGUGCAGUAUAGCUUGGGGAGUAUGGGUGCGAUUUUUAAGGUUGUGGAAUCCAUAUACAACCUUGCCUAAUAAUCCCAAGGCAUUUAUGUACUCCUGGUUUGAUUUACUUCUGAAAUCUGAUAUUUGGAAAUUCAUCUCGGGUGUUGUAAUGUGGACUAUAUGGAAAUGCCGAAACCAAAUGGUUUUUGAGAAUGAAAGUGGUAUCGGUGGACUGCUUAGGGAUGCUGAUCGUAAGAUGUUAGGGUUCUUCUCGUAUGCGUCUGGACCUGGCCCUUCGAUUCUUAGUGAGCUCAAAGCAAUUCAAAUUGGUUUGAAUCCUUUUUUGGAUUUGGAGUGGAGCGAAAACGGGUGUCUUAUCUUGGAAAGUGAUUCAUUCAAUGCUUUGAAUUGGAUUAAAAAUCCGGAAGCAAGUCAUGCUACUUUUGUUCAUCUGGUUCAGGAAAUUGCCAAGCGCGACAAAAAGCUGAUUCAAUUGAAGCAGGAGGCAAAGUUGAAAGGAGGUUUCUACAUGGAUCCAGAAGCUAAACUCCUAUUUACCAUUUUGAAUCCUAUCAAUGGCAUGCACCAAAGGACAAAAAGGAUCUUGCAGCUCUUGCUGGCAAUGCAGAUUUUCAAUGGUGUUUUCCUUAAAGUAAACAAGGCAACAAUGAACAUGCUUCACCUUGUUGAACCUUAUGUGACUUAUGAACCUAGAUACCCUAAUCUCAAGUGUGCACGGCAACUGAUUUACAAAAGAGGUUAUGGGAAGUUGAAAAAGCAGAGAGUUGCUUUGACCGACAACGCAAUCGUUGAACAGUACGUCACUAAGCACCCUUGUUUCUUUUACCGUUGCCCGGAUUUGGUCGAAUUCGGCAUUGUCUGCGUGGAAGAUCUUAUCAAUGAGAUCAUGAGUGUGGGACCUCAUUUUAAGGGCAACAACUUCCACUGGCCCUUUCAGCUCAAGGCACCGAAGAAGAGAAAACAAAAUGUUGGAGGAGGAGAUGCCGGCAACAGUGAGAAAUACAUCAAUGAGCUAAUUAAGAGGGUGAAUUAA